AGUGGAGGUCAAAAACGCCGCGUUUCAUUGGCUGCAGCUCUUCUGCAGGAGCCGGAACUGUUGAUUCUCGAUGAGCCAACCGUUGGCGUGGAUCCUGUUCUGAGAGAAAAGAUUUGGGAGCAUCUGUUGCAGAUUGCCCAGAACAUGACGAGGACGACGAUUAUCAUCACCACUCAUUACAUAGAGGAAGCUCGGCAGGCCAAUUGUGUUGGUUUGAUGCGAGACGGUCGUUUGUUGGCUGAGGAUAAACCAGAGACUUUGAUGCUCAAAUUAAAAAUAAACAGCCUGGAGUUGGUGUUUUUACACCUGUGUCACCGAGACCAACAGGUGCGUGAGACCGAGCGGAACUCGCAGGACGUCAUGUUUCAGGACUCUGUCCAGGACUCUUCCUUUCAACCCACUAGCUCUCUAAUGUCUCCGACGGAAACAACUCCACUCCUUAGUCAUUCAGCACAGGAAGGCAGUUACCAACAGCAACAGACCAACGUCAAGUUUGUAGAUCCUGGGGUUGAUGUGGUCAGUCCAUGUCUUUGUACCUGUCUUCCCCGGUGUCGGAAUAUUGUAGCAGUCUUUGUGAAGAACAUCACAAUACUCAAACGAAAUAUAGGAUUUUUACUUUUCGAGUUUAUCUUGCCAUCCAUUCAGAUUAUGCUGUUUUGCCUGUGUAUAGGUCGUGACCCCAUCAAUUUGCAUGUGGGUAUUGUCAACCAUGACACCGGGGUGUUGGGGAAGAUGUUUCUGUCAAACCUGGACAACGAUUCGAUUCAUCAGAUUCCUUAUGAAAAUCUGUCGGCAGCUCUCGACACCGUACGACAGGGAAACAGCUGGGGUGUCCUAGCAAUGGGACAAAACUUCUCUACAGAUAUUCUACUCCGAUUCUCGGAUGGCCCCCGGGUGGACAAUGCUACACUGAAUGGCAGCUCCAUCCAGGUGUACUUGGACAUGACCAAUCAGCAGAUCUCUAUAAUGCUUCAGCAGAAAAUUGAUGCUGCUUUUCAGAAGUUUGUACACACAAUGCUAGAAGGAGCUGGCUUAAAUCCACAAAUCGCAAGCUUACCCAUAAAGAUUGAACAACCAAUAUAUGGAAAUAUCAGUCCAAGUUUCACUAAUUUCAUGGCACCUGGAUAUAUUAUAAGCAUAACGUUUUUCAUGGCCACAGGCUUGACAACGAUGGUGUUUAUAACCGAAAAGCGAGAGGGUCUUCUCGACAGAAGUCAGGUGGCAGGUUUAAAGACUAUUGAAAGCAUGAUCGCUCACAUCUCUACACAGUUCCUAGUUCUUAUUGUUCAAGUGGCCCUACAACUGGUGUUUGCUAUUGUCGUCUUUAAGGUUCCGUACCUCGGUCCUCUAAUAUGGGUGAUCAUCCUGGCUCUCUUACAAGGAUUCUGUGGGAUGACAUUAGGGAUGGUGUUUUCCGUUGUGUGUGACAAGGAAGAAUCGGCCAUUCAGCUAGCUCUCGGCUCGGUUUACCCGAUGUUGCUACUCAGUGGCGUCAUCUGGCCUAUAGAGGCCAUCCCCGAAUGGCUGCAAUAUAUCAGUGUUUGUUUACCGAUGACCUAUGCCUCCGAGGCCAUGAGAUCCGUGCUCAGUAGAGAUAAAGUGAAUGCUUGUUUAACGACACCACUAGACCACACUGUGUCAUUAUUUAAUCCCCAUCACUAG